UUCCCGGUGCUGUGCCCUCAGCUCGCCAUGGCGUCGGGCAGCGGGACCAAGAACCUGGACUUCCGCCGGAAGUGGGACAAGGAUGAAUAUGAGAAACUCGCAGAGAAGCGGCUCACAGAGGAGAGAGAAAAGAAAGAUGGCAAACCAGCUCAGCCUGUCAAAAGGGAACUUCUGCGGCACCGAGACUACAAAGUGGACCUGGAAUCCAAGCUGGGGAAAACCAUUGUCAUCACCAAAACUACCCCUCAGUCAGAGAUGGGAGGGUAUUACUGUAAUGUAUGUGACUGUGUGGUGAAAGAUUCCAUCAACUUCUUGGAUCACAUCAAUGGCAAAAAACACCAGAGGAAUCUGGGCAUGUCCAUGCGGGUGGAGCGUUCCACACUGGACCAGGUGAAGAAACGCUUUGAGGUGAACAAGAAGAAGAUGGAGGAGAAGCAGAAGGAUUAUGACUUUGAGGAGAGGAUGAAGGAACUCCGUGAGGAGGAGGAGAAGGCCAAAGCCUACAAGAAGGAGAAGCAGAGAGAGAAGAAGAGGCGGGCAGAGGAAGAUUUGACCUUUGAAGAGGAUGAUGAAAUGGCAGCUGUGAUGGGUUUCUCUGGUUUUGGCUCGACUAAAAAGAGCCACUGAGCAGCUCUGGACUCUCCUCUUUCUCUAAACAGCUUGUUUUUACCCAGGGAACUCUGGAUAACUCUUCAAAGACUUGAUUGAGGACUUGUAUGUAAAUCUCCCAGUAGAAGUUGGCUGGAAGAGUUGAAAAGUGAUUCCAUGCUCUACCUGUGCUGCAGAUCAAGCUCUGCCUCUCAUUAGCUUCCCUUCUCCUUCUGUGUCCUAGAUGUGGCUGCUCAGCUGCUCUGUGGCCGUGUGUGUGCAGGGAAGUGCUCUGUUGGGUACAUUUUUUUGUCAAUAAAGUGCACAUUCUGCACAGGUGGCCUGGUUCAGGAUUAAUCUAGUUGUCAGCCAGGCCCUACUUGUCACCCAAGAUGUGUUUGAGGUGCUGGGAGGGAUUCAGUUGCUUUUAGGCUCAUAAUGAAGAAAAUGUGCCACAGCAAGCAGUGUGAGAGGUGCAUCUUUAUGGCUUGUGCUGAGCAGAGCUGGUGGCUGCAUGGAGUCUGGGUGCUGAAACUUUGCUGUUUGUUUUAUCUGCAAGGGAGACUUCCCUCCUUUUCUUUGUGUUUUAUCCCAUAAUUUCAGUAUCAUUAAGGUAGGGGAGAAGUUCCUCCCCAUGUCUGGUCUAGGAUAGAGCCAAUGAAAGAAAGGUGUGUACAAUUUGCCAGAAAUAAAUGGAACGUUUUAAUGGC